AUGGCGGAUUUUGAUUCCUCAAACACAUGGGACCCAACUAUGAAGCAGUGCAUGUCCGUGAAGGUGAACGACCACGUUGUCCUAAAAGGUCAUCCCUGCAAGAUCAUGGAACGUUCAACUUCCAAGACCGGGAAAGAUAUGGUGCAUCUGGUUGGCGCCGACGUACUUACGCAGUCGAAGUAUGAAGACACCCUCCCGUCAAAACAGAUCAUGAAAGCUCUGCCUGGACAGGAGUUUCAGCUGGUCGAUAUCCUGACGGGAGGGUGCAUGUCCGUCGUUGACAACCAAGGUAAUGUUAGAGACGAUCUUAAACUACCGGAUGGGGACUUAGGAAAGGACAUCAAGAUGAGUUUCGAUGAAGGAGAGUUUCCGUUUGUGACCGUCGUCGACGCGCUGGGCGAGGAUGUUGUAGUUUCUGUGCGCCAGGAAGCAGAGUAG